GGCAGACUGCUCAUGUGUAGCUGAUUUUGAGCAGGCUGCAGAAUAUUCAAGCAUUAUUUUGUCGCGGAAGCCCUUCUCCUCAAGACACUUUGCAGAGGAUCCCUUGCGAAUAUUUUGGAAGUAAUCUGUUUUUUCCAUCACGCUUGAUGCUGCUGCUGUUUCUCCUGCUUCAAAGGGGAAGACCCGAGGUUCUUUCGUUUUACUGGGAGUAACAUGCAUAAGUUCAGUAUUUGAAGAAUUAACUGCAAUUCUUUCUGUGAGUGAGAGAAAGAGGGAGAGAGAUAUUUAAAGGAUAGCUUACAAAUCAGAAAACAUCACGAAAAGGUUUUGUCUAGGUCACCCUACCUUACUGUGUGAUAGUAACCAUUUGUGAAAACUGAAAGGGUAACAUCAGUAGCAGAUGAAAGACUCUGGACAGAGCUAACUAAUAAAAUAUGGGUGAAACUCAUUUUUGUGGAAAAAAAGAAGCAAGAAUUUAGAAGAUAUUUCCAAAAACCCAUCACAUGGUGAGAAUCUUUGAAACUGUGGUUCAAAAAUGGAUCCCUCCUACAUCACUUCAGUCCCUCCAGAUGGACAGCAGAUAUCCUUGGGUGUCUUGGACUUUCUCCACAAUUUAUCUAAUGGAACAGAGGAACACUGCUACAGUGCUCGAUCCCGUAGCACAGUUCUACAGGGGCUGCCAUUUGGGGGCAUCCCAACAGUGCUAGCUCUCAACUUCCUUCUGUGGCUGGUGCUGCUUCUGGUCUUCUCAUGUUUGCGGAAGGCAGCUUGGGAUUAUGGCCGACUGGCACUCCUGAUGGAUAAUGACAGCUUGACAUCACUGUUUUAUGGAGAACAGAGUGAAAAGGAAAAGUCCCCUUCAGAGUCGAGUCCCUCUGAUACAGAUAACAGAGAUGUGGGGUUCUGUUCAUGGCUGAUGUCUAUAUACCAUACAAAGGAUGAAGAGAUUCAGAACAAAUGUGGUAUUGAUGCCACCAUCUACCUCUCUUUUCAGCGACACCUUCUAGUCCUUCUUGUCAUUUUCUGUGUCCUUUCCAUAGCUGUGAUUCUUCCUGUCAAUUUCUCAGGUGACUUGCUAGGUAGCAGCCCACAACACUUUGGAAGAACAACUAUUGUGAAUAUACCAGCACAGGAUCGUCUCGUUUGGCUUCACAGUGUCUUUGCACUUUUGUACUUCAUCAUCACAGUUAUUGCUAUGGCACAUCACACAAUAGGGCUGGAAUACCAGGAAAAUGAAAAGGUUGCCAGAACACUCAUGAUCUUGCAUGUCCCGAAGGAAAUUUCAGACCCCAGUCUCAUCACCAAACAUUUCCAUGAGGCUUAUCCCAGCUGCACUGUAACCGAUGUUCAGUUGUGCUACGAUGUUUGGAAGCUAAUGAAGCUCGACACUGCGAGGAGGAAAGCAAUGAAAGGGCGGUUGUACUUCGCUGCCAAGGCUCAGAAGGAUGGGAGAAUUAUGAUUAAAACACAUCCAUGUGCCCGAAUCUUCUGCUGUGAUUGCUGUGGCUUUGAAAAGGUGGAUGCUGAGCAGUACUACAGUGAACUGGAAGAGAAGCUGACAGAUGAGUUCAAUGCAGAAAGGAAUCGCAUCAACCUGAAGCGACUGGAUAUGGCAUUUGUGACCUUUCAGGAUGAAAGGAUGACAGCAGUGAUUGUGAAGGACUAUGGAAGGACACGAUGUCGGCGGCACCCACAACAAUCCAGUAUCACCACAGUAAUCAAAUCCCAUCAGUGGGAGGUUAGUUAUGCCCCAGCUCCAAGUGACAUCAUCUGGGAGAAUUUAUCCAUCCAUGGGACAGUUUGGUGGCUCCGUUUUAUAGCCCUGAAUAUCUGCCUUUUUAUCCUGUUGUUUUUCCUCACCACUCCAGCCAUCAUUGUCAACACCAUGGACAAGUUCAAUGUCACUCACUCCGUUGAGAAUCUGAAGAAUCCCAUCAUUACUCAAUUCUUUCCAACUCUUCUGUUGUGGGCCUUCUCUGUCUUCCUGCCUUUCGUUGUUUAUUAUUCAGCUUUCUUUGAGUAUCACUGGACAAGGACCAAUGAAAACCAGUUAACAAUGCACAAGUGUUACUUCUUUCUCGUCUUCAUGGUGAUCAUCCUGCCAUCCCUCGGACUGACAAGUCUGGACUUAUUUUUCCGCUGGCUGUUUGAUAUUCACUUUCUGGAUGAAGCAGAUAUUAAAUUUCAGUGUGUGUUCUUGCCUGACAAUGGUGCCUUCUUUGUGAACUAUAUCAUUACAGCUAGCUUGAUUGGAACAGCCAUGGAGCUGCUGCGCAUUCCUGGGCUGAUAGUGUACGCCAUCCGUCUGUGUUUUGCCAAAUCUGAAGCCGAGCGAAUAGUAGUGAAGAAGAACCAAGCCUAUGAGUUCCAAUUUGGAUUAGAAUAUGCCUGGAUUACCUGCAUAUUUUCUGUUGUUACGACGUAUAGCAUCACCUGCCCCAUUAUCACUCCAUUUGGGCUGUUGUACAUGCUGCUGAAACACAUGGUGGAUCGCUAUAACAUUUACUAUACUUACAUCCCAAGUAGACUUAACCAGCGCAUCCACUCUGCUGCCAUCAGUCAGGUCAUUGUGGCACCUAUACUCUGCAUGUUCUGGCUACUCUUCUUUUCUGUCCUGAGGCUGGGUCCAGUACGCCCUGUCACACUCUUCACAUUUGUUUCCUUGCUGUUCUGCAUUGCCUUUUCUCUUUUUGGUGUCUGUCUAAAGCAACUGCAGCCCAGGAAACCCACCAGCUAUCAGAUGGCAGAUCAGCAGUCGGAGGGCAUCUUUAGUGACACAGAGAGAAGCAGCAUAUCUUCAACACCCAACUCCAAUGCUUUUGUUGCUUCUGUGCUUCAAGAAUUAGAACUUGGGCUUACUCCAGCAGCAUCUCCAGCUCAUCAGUCGUACGGUACAAUGGAAAAUCGAAUUGACACACCAAGGAAUGGCGAAGAAGAUCAGCUGCAGAGCUUUGAAACAAACCUGGAAAACCAGUUUGACUACUCAGCUGGCUCACUCAGCAAUGAGGUUCGAUACCAUUGACCACCAUUAAAUCAGCCUGUGUCCUCCUUCCCAAAAAAAACGAAAAGAAAAAAAAAGAAGCCUCCUCAAAUGGACCUCUUCACAUACAUACAUAGUGACAUAAUGCAACAAUGAAAUUUGAGAAGCAGGACAGCACUUUGGGAUAAAUUAGAAUAUAAGAUUUAAGAACUCCCAUUUUGUUUACUGGAUAUAAACUCAUUUGUCUUUUUUCAGACCAUUUCAGUUAUCAGCACAUGCUGCCUCACACUCUCUGCUGGUCAGUGAGAUCUUAUACCUCUGUGGCUUACCAGUGGAAUAGGUCUUUAUUUAAUGAUUAUGCACCCUUACCCACCUGGGAGUUCUAAGCGAAUGUGAAAUGGAAUUUAGCAGCGGCAUCCUUAAAGUACAAAGCUUAGAAACAUGGAUCAUUAAGUAGAAAAGGUUGCAUACAUCCCAGUGAUGUACUGAUCAGAGUACUUUGACUAUUAUUAAGAAAGCUUGUACAGAAUGUAUUGGAACUUUAAAAAUAGCUAUUCCAUUAUAUGUGAAAAUUAAGGUUUUCAGUUUCAGCUAUAAGACUGUCCCAUAUUCUGACCUAGAAUUUGAUAUCUGUCUUCACGAAUUAGAUGGUAUACUUUUGGGUCUUGAAUAUUUUGCAAAUAUAUGAGCUGUAACAUCCCUGCUUCUCAACAACAAAGAACUGGAUCGAUUUCCAAGUCAGCUCACUGUAUGUCUGCUUUACACCAUAUACGUUAAAUAUCUUUUUAAAGAAACUUCUGGAAGCACUGUCCUUUUGACUUUACCAUCUUUUAUUCCACAAGAGUUAGGUAGCACCUCUGUCCUGUCAUCAAGGAUUCUUUUAGUUGUUUUGCCAUUGAUUCAAUGAUGCAUCAUGGUGCCAUCAUGUUUUCAUGUUAUUAAUUUUUGUAUACCAAAGUACACAUUCAGUUUGCCAAAUGCCAUGUAUUUCCAUCUAGAACCUACCUUAUCUAGCCCUUCACCUACCUUCCAUUUCACUAACUUGCACCUUAAAGUACUGGACUGAUCACCCUUGCCUUUUAUAUUGGACAACAAACAGAAGCACCAUUUCAGGUUGUUAGUAUCUACAGCCAUGGGCUGAACUAUGUGCUUAGGUCUACGAUUGGCCAGAGGGCAAGAAUGUGCUGUGCCUCAAAUAGUGCUGCUGUGUCUGUUAUUACGCAGGGCAAAUUCUGAUUCUGACUUACCUGCUCAUAGGUGUGAUUAGUGAAGAGCAGGUUUAGUGCCUGCUCCUUUUCUGGGAUGCAGCAAUGCUUUUUAGUGGUGAGGGCACCAGCAACUAUAAUCUAGUGCUCCUCUCUACUUCUGAACAUGAACUUCUGAUGUGGAGUCACCUAGUGGUUGUUCUUCACCGUAGGAGUCCUGCAUUUAUUAGCACCUUCUGGCAGUAGAUACCUGUUAUCAGAAUUAGUACAAUUCACAUCUACAUGUUCUAAAAUAAGGUAUGUAAAUUCAUGGAAUUCAUGGGUGAAGUACUUCUUACACCAAACAAACCAGGACUUCAUUUCUUCAGCCUCUGGUUCCAUAUUUGUUGACUCUCUACAGUUUCUUCAACUUGUUUAAUAAAAGCUGUUGUCAGACUUUUAGUGUAAAUACAUUGUUUUAGUCACUGAGAAGUCAUAGAUUAACAUGAAUUAUUUCAGUGAGUGCAUUAGCAAGUAUCCUGUUAACAAAAAUAUUUACAGCGGUGUGAGAAACUGAAACUGUACUUGAUGGCAAUAUGUCAUCUGUGCUGCAAUCAUGACAAGGCAUAGAGACACUGUAAAAAGAAGCCUGUAAAUAAAAAAAAAAAAAAACAGCUGCAGAUGCAUCCUUUAGGACUGCUACCACUAAAUGCAUAUUCCAGUCUUUUGCAUGCUAUUAUAUUCCUAAAUUUAUGGACUAACAUGCCCAGUGCUGGUCUUCAUCGAAUCUCUUUCCUGCAUGUCAGCUGCCUUCAGUCAAUAUAAUCUCAACAGCCAGAGAAUGGAAUCUGAUGGCUUUCAUUAGCACCUGAGGAGUACAUCAGGUGGUUCUCAAUGUUAAUCAUCAUGAAACACUGAUUCACUGGCAUGGUCUUAAGCUGUUUACUGCUAAAAUCAAUAACUAGGCAUUUUGCAGUAGCUGCAAACCUUUGUCUGUUCUCCAUUAUUUUCUUCUGAAUGUAACAUAUAACAAAUCUGCACUUUCUUCUGCCUGAAUUUCAAGUAUUGAUUACUGUUAUUGUUAAAUGAGUUCCAUCACUAAUGUUUUUUUUCUUCUAAGUGUCUCUUUCAGUUAUACAGCAGUCAUUUGAGACAUUUAAGGACUUUACAUAGUUUUUGCCCCUUUUUUCAACUUUCCCGGUGUUAAAACACUGCGGCUAUGUUUGUCUACAGCAGUUUUGCACAACAUCCAGCCCAGAGGCCAAAUUCGGCCCUCCAUGCAGCGCCAUCCAGCCCCCAGAGAGUAAACAAAAAAAUUUAAAAAAAAUUGAAAAAUACUAUGCCUUACUCCAGUCAUGCAAACUUUCUAGCAUGUGCUUACUUACCUAAUUGACUCCUGUUGCAGACACCUCUAAUUUUAGCCGCGGAAGUAACUAUUCUUUCUUGUUUAUAACUUAUAGUCUGUAAACAGUAGUAACUUUCUGCAAGAGUUUG